AUGCCGCCCACCACUCGCCAUGGCAGAAAGGCCAAAGAUGACACCCCCGAGGCCCUUUUGCCUGGGAUUCCUAUGGACGAGAAGCGACUAAGAGUACCAAAACCGCCUGGCCUCAGUCGUGUGUCCAAGCCCGGCGUCAAGAAAGGAAAGAAGAAGGGUCAAGACCAAAGUCUGCCCCACAUUGCACUUGCAAAUGAUCUCCUCGAGCGUGGAGAUGAGCUACGUCUUCCUGAAAUACCAUUUCAGAAGUUUGAGUCACCGAAAGUAUGGGGACCCCGCGACGUGCCUAUCACGGAUCCUACCAAGCUGCCCGAAGGAUGGUCUGCAAGCGAGACAGAUCUAGCCGAGGAUGAUAUCGACGGCCAAAUUUCAAGAUGCCACAGGCGCAUUGAAGAGAACAUUAUGCCUGCCAUUUUUGAACAAAGAUUGGAAAUUUACCAGAAGAUGAAACAGAAACAGACAGAUAUGAUCAAAUCCGAGCCUAAGGGUCUUAGCUGGGAAGUUGUUCAGCGUCUUGAUUGCCUGGAGGGGGUCAAAAAAAGCUUCAAGGAGCUGGGAGGCGACAAUGGCAAUACUCCCAACUUGAUUGCCAUCAUGGAUGCCUACAGGUCUGGGGACCUUGUCUGGGAUGAUGAUUUAGUCACGUAUUGGGCACAUGGUAAAAUGGUUGGUGGUCCGAAGAAAAUGGAUAUGGAGGAAUUUUACACUCUCAGUAGGGAGCUUGGCCCGAAUGGUGUUUGGGUAGAAGGACUGGACAGCUUCAAGCCGGGGCAUUUAUACGUGUUCUGCACCUUGCCCCCAUUCAAUCCGGGUUGGGCCUCGCAUAAAAUUGUCAUAUCAAUCCGGAAUCCUGCUACUAGCAGUACAAACACAUUGGCACAAACUAUGCACCUCCCAUUCUUGGAGGAUACUGGGGCCACGACAAUGACGAUGUACCAAAGCGACAGAGAUGCUCUUGAAGGACUGAGUGGCCUCCCCCUGCCUUUCUAUGGCUCAACAAUGAUGAGAACAGUAAAUGGUUCAAUUCCUAUGGAUAACCUGGUAGUACAAGUCAACAUCUACGCCAAUGGUCAUCCUAUGCUCCCCAAAUGGGUAAACGUUCGAGUCGGUGUAAGUCGUGUACCUCCCAAUACUCCCCCAACCGCUCCGCGCCUGAGUGGUGUCUGGAUUCACCAUAUGCUAUAUUGUUUGAGUAUGCCCGACAACAAGCUUGAGAUGCACGUUGGAAACGAUCUACAAGAAAUUUUGGGAAAUGUACCCCUUUGCGAUCCAGCAUACGCGAUACCACCACCCACGUCGACGUUACCUCCACUCCCAUUAGCGGCACCACCACACCCAUGA